AUGGAUUCAGAAGACGGAAGCUUAUUUAUUAAGGUAUAUACGCUUCCGCUACAAUUUGCACUGCUGCCGGGAUAUGGGCGUGCUAACUUCCAACAGCAACUUGCUGCCUUUGUGCGCACUCACGAAAAGGCUCUUGCCAACGCCUUGCAGCUUCAGCGCCGCGAUGUGCGUCACCGAGCCACGCAGAGCACGAGCUCUGCCACGAUUCCGCAGACUCCGACCUUUCCUGAGCGUCCCUCAACCGCAAUCUCCAACACCAGCUCCUUCGCCAACGCUCUAUCUCUCGGGCCGCUCAACUUUGCCUCUCACAGCGUAAAGUCGGCAAAGCUCGCUCUCACUCCCCACCACCUGUUCUAUCUCCUCUCUCGCUUCGAAGAAUUGGGUAUCAAUGUGGGGCCCAUGAAGGUUCGCUUGGAGGAUCUCCACGACAGCUCAUCGUCUGCAAAUUACGUGUCAUUUCUGAGCAACACCCAGCGGUCUAGAAGCCACAGCUCAGAUGUUGGCUCCAUACACUCCGUCUCCAGCAUCCGGAGCGUCAUGUCUGGCAUGUCUGCAUUGUGGGCCAGCUUCGGCAUCGGCGCCAGCAUUUCUGCUGCCCGGACGGAGCGUCAAAAGGCCGCUCUCGAAGCGGACAUGAAGUACCUGUAUUCUGCCUUCACCAAGAUCCCCUGUCUUCGCUUAGCCCCCGAUUGGCGAGCUCGACUCAUCAAGGGAUACGAAGAGUUCCCCUUUGACUCUGCGGUUCCCCUCUACGUUUUCAAGAAUGUCCAGGCAUUGGAAGUGAGCAACAUUGACUUUCGUCAAUUUUUUGGCUGGGAUCGCAUGGCCGACCAGCUCCGCUCGCUUACCCUCAAGCAUGCUGGCAUCGAGGACCCCGCUGAUAUUUUGAUUGACAUUGUCCUGGACGACAUGGACAAGAGGCGCCGCAGAACGUCCAAGUCACAGUCUUCGCCCUCAAUACCUUGGAGCGGGAGCCACAGCCCCCGCAAGAGCCCAACCAUGUCGGGUCGUGAAUUUUCCCGAUCAGUAUCGAUCCCUGGCUCUCCCGAUCCACGGGGCUCUCUGGGCGAACUUCGCGUCGGCUCGAUGGCUCCCAGCGAGGGUGCCGUCGAGGACGGUAACACGUCCGAUGGCUCGGCCCGUACUCUGCGAAGGCAAUCCACGGACGACCUGUCGCGCUCUGUAAACAAGGACUCCCGACCGAGGAGCAAUUCUCCGUCACGCCCAUCAAGCUCUCGUAAUCACACCAACCACGCCCGAUCUCACCAGCAGAGGAUGCGGCGUUCUGGAUCUGGGAGCUCCAACUCUAGCCUGUCCGACUCUUGGUACCAUCACCACUCCAGAGGUAGCUCUGCGAACCUCUUGGGAAACACCGUCCUACCUUCGUCCAAGUGGCGCUUCCUGAGGCAUCUCAGUCUAGCAGAUAACCCCAUGACGUCGAUUCCCGCAUCAAGCUUGGCUCCUCUCUCCAAUACCCUUUUCUCCCUCGACCUAUCGUCCAAUCUCUUCAGCCAAAUCCCGGACAGCCUUUCCACCCUUACCGCUCUCCGCGCCCUGAACCUGUCGCACUGCAUGAUUGACUCUCUGCACUCCCUGACCCGAAACCCCCUCCCAGCCAUUACUGCUCUCAAUCUGCGAGCCAAUAGACUGCAAUCUCUCGCCGGAAUCGAGAAGCUGUAUCCCUUGGAAAGGCUGGACCUUAGAGACAACCGCCUUACAGACCCCAAGGAACUUGCACGCUUGACUGGAAUUCCCGAGAUUCGUGAAAUCUGGGUCGAGGGCAACCCCUUUACCCGCACUCACAAGGAUUACCGUGUGGCCAUAUUCAACCUGUUUCGCAUGACGCCAGGGUACACCGAGGACGUUGUCAUCGAUGGCUCAGGCCCCAGCUCCUCUGAAAAGCGUAUCCUGGUCGACAGAGUCCCGAUUCCCGAGUCUGUCCCAGUGGUGAAGCCGAUCGUGACCGAGAUGCGAGGCGUCGACGUAAGCAAGCCCACCGUCGUCUAUAGUGCUGUCAAGGAGGCGGCCGUCCUGCGCAAGGAGAGGCCAGUGCCAAAGGCCGUCGCCAGCGAAACCAACACGAGUUCGACACGGCGCCGGAGGAACCCCAAACGACGCAUCGUCGACCUUUCGACCAGUGACAAAAACCCAAUGCCCUCACCAGUUGAUGUGCAUAGCCCAAGGUUCCCCGUCAAUUCCCCAAUGGUUGCCGGCUCAGCGGAUGGGAACUAUAGAAUCUCCCAUGUAUCCAACAGUCAGCCGUCGACCCCCAUCACAUAUCCAAAAGCCCACGAAUUUGGAAGCGGCACCUUUUCUUUAGAGAACGCACAUGCCAACGGUCCCUCAUAUGCCGACAAUGUUUUUCACACGAGCGAUAUCCAGCAUCAGGAUUGGGACGCCAGCGGCGAGCUCUAUCGUCGCAAAAUAGAGGCCCUGCGUGAUAAGGUCGGCGAAGGCUAUCUGAGCGUGCUGAGCGAGGAG